CUCUCUCUCUCUCUCUCUCUCUCUCUCUCUCUCUCUCUCUCUCUCUCUCUCUCUCUCUCUCUCGUGAUGACAAACCCGGUUGUCGAGUCAUCGGAGGAAGAAGCACUGUGCAGGUCCUACCCAUACGCGGCCCUAUACUUCGUCCAAAGUCCCACCACCACCGUCUCCCACUACAACCACGAUGUAAUCUCAUUCCAUUCACCAGCCACUCAACGCCGACUCACCCUCUCUCAUUACUCCUCAUCCCGAGGAUCCACCAACUCUUUUUUACAUGACAAGAAGAUCCCUUAUGGUCCUCAAGAAAGCCCCGACCAUGAUGCUGUAGAGAGGGUGGUGGUAAAAAUGGGAGAAAAGUGCUCUGUUUUCGUUGGUGGUGACAAUGUACAUGGUGCUGGUGCUCGUGGCAUCAAUGGGGAGGAAGAUGAGGAGGAAUUAGAGAAGGGUUUUCGAAAGAAGAUGUGGGAUCUUGUAUCUUUUUCACACUCUGAUUCAUGUGUAUGGAUAUUGUUUCAGAUAAGCUUGAGGGUUCUAGUGAGCUUUGGAGUUGCUUUGCUUUUCUUCUAUCUCAUUACUAAGCCUCCUCCUCCCGAUAUCUCUGUUAAGGUAGGAACAGCGAACGAAUUUCAGCUAGGGGAAGGGGUAGAUAACACUGGCGUUACUACCAAAUUCCUCACCUACAAUUGCUCAAUAAAUCUACUAGUAAACAUCAAGUCUAGCCUGUAUGGUCUUCACAUUCAUCCCGAGCUUUUAACUUUGUCGUUCAAUAAUAUUCCUAUUGUAACCUCAUCGGAAACACGAGCACUCUACGCAUCAAGUAAUGGACCAACAUCUUUCUUGUUAUACUUGGGAACAACCAACAAACCUAUGUAUGGUGCAGGAAGAAUUAUGCAAGACAUUUUGGACUCUGGAAAAGGAUUAUCGUUGGUCGUUCGUUUCAAACUUAGGUCAAGAUUUCAUGUCGUUGGGAAGCUAAUUAGUCCUAAUUAUCGUCAUCGGGUAGAGUGCAUUUUAAUCCUCAAUAAGACUCAUGAUAAACAACAUAAAUCUUUAAUGUACGAUAAGCAUUGUAAUUUAUUAUGAUUCUUAAUACUUAUUAUAUUUCAUCCAAAUGAAACAUGUUUAACACGUGAAAGAAUAAUUUCAAUCAA